AUGAUUGUACGAGCCAAAUUACCGUUGAGUAGUGCUCUACCCAGGGCCUAUCUCACUCACAAUAGGCCGAUCCAGCUAAAUGCUGAUCUUCUGGAAAAACUUCGAACUUCCGAGUAUCACCCGGUGGUGAUCAUUGGAGGAGGCCACGCAGGAUGCGAAGCAGCCACGGGAUCAGCGAGGUCCGGGGCCGCGACAACACUCAUUACGCCGCUGAUCAGCAAGAUCGGUACUGCAUCGUGCAAUCCGUCGAUGGGUGGAGUGGGCAAGGGGACACUAUUGCGAGAAGUCGAUGCACUAGAUGGAGUUAGCGCUCGCAUCACAGACAAGGCAGGUAUACAUUUCCGAAUAUUGAAUGCCUCCAAGGGAGCAGCUGUACAUGGCCCGCGCGCUCAAAUAGACCGGAAGAUUUACUUGAAUGAAAUGCAGCGGGAAAUUUGCAACUAUGAGAAUUUGUCGAUAAUUGAGAGUCAGGUUCAGGACAUUGUCAUUGAGCCCAGAAAGGCUAUCGCGGAUCACGAUGGACGAAGCGUGGGAACUGUUCGCGGGGUUAUUCUAGAGGACAACCGGGUGCUACGAUGCGAUAGAGUUGUGGUAACCACCGGUACAUUCUUGGGUGGAGAAAUACACAUUGGAUUAAAAGUAUUUCCCUCUGGGAGAAUGGGCGAAAAGGCAUCCUUUGGUUUGUCAGAUACAUUCCGUGAGGCUGGUUUUAGGCUAGGGAGGUUAAAGACGGGUACCCCUGCUAGAUUAUCAGGGAAAACCAUCGACUAUACCCACUUGAUAGAGCAACCGUCUGAUUUCCCUCCGCAGCCAAUGUCGUACAUGACCUCAAAAGUCGACCUCGAGGACCACUUGGUCAAGUGUCACCAGACGCAAACAACUCCUGAAUUCCACGACUUGGUGGCGAAAAACUUGGACAAGUCCAUCCACAUUCGAGAAACCGUUAAAGGACCACGCUAUUGCCCCAGUAUCGAAUCCAAAGUAAUCAAAUUCCCACACAAGCAGUACCACUACGUAUGGCUCGAGCCAGAGGGACUAGACACGGAUCUCGUUUACCCCAACGGUAUCUCAUGUACAAUGCCCGAGGAUAUCCAGGAAAAGCUUGUCAAGAUGAUGCCCGGGUGCGAGAAUGUCAAAAUGGUCCAGCCUGGUUAUGGUGUCGAGUACGACUAUAUAGACCCUAGAGAGUUGACGGAUACAUUGGAAACAAAGUUGGUGGAUGGUUUAUUUUUGGCGGGCCAGAUCAAUGGAACUACUGGUUACGAGGAAGCAGCAGCUCAAGGAUGCGUGGCUGGAAUCAACGCGGGACUCUCUCAUUUGAAGAAACCGUUGUUGGAAUUGAAGAGAUCAGACGGAUACAUUGGAGUGCUCAUAGAUGACUUGAUCACAAAAGGUGUUGAGGAACCGUACCGCAUGUUCACUUCACGUUCGGAGUUUCGCGUGUCCUUGAGGUCAGACAACGCAGACAAAAGGCUAACUCAAAUCGGGUACGACUUGGGGGUCGUCGGUGAAGCUAGAUAUAAGCAUUUCCAAGAGGAAUUGAAGCAGUUUGAAGAUAUUCGAACACACUUGAAAGGCUUGUCGCUAACUGGAGCAGAAUGGCUUCCCGUCUUUACGAAUUCAAAUGCCAAACCAGAGAUGCGCGUUGAUGGCUGGAAAUUAUUAUCCUACAAGGGGGUUUCCAUUGCCCACUUGCUUCCGCACAUUUCGAAAUUGACAAAUGGACAAGUGCCGCUGUGUUAUGAGCACCUCACGAGCAGACUAAUCAACAGAAUCGACGUUGAAAGCGACUACGAGCCGUUUAUUCUGAAGGAGUCGACUCAUUUGCGAGCCUACCAUGCAGAUGAAAACUUGUUGCUCCCUACAAACUUCAACUACACAAACACCGGCAAUCUCAAGAUUUCACAUGAAGCUUGCACUAUUUUGAACACCGUACAGCCUAAAACCAUUGGACAAGCUCGAAGAAUGAGAGGAAUAAACCCAACGGCAAUCUUUGAGUUGUUGAAAUUGGUCAGGGGAAAGCAACGGGAAAUUGAAAAUACGUCAUCCCUCAGUACAUAG